UCACCAAACUUGGAUUAAUCUGAGGAGGAGAGCAUACAUAAACUGUAUUAUUAAUGGACAAGAGGAAGCAAAUCGAUCGGAGCUUUGAGGACGACGACGACGACGAGCACGAGGACGAGGAAGAUGGGAGAUACAAGUCCAAGAACCUCAAUGCGGAGAGGCGCCGCCGCAAGAAACUCAGCGACAGACAGCUCGAGCUGCGCUCAUUAGUCCCCAUUAUCACCAAUGCAAGAAACAAACCACACAUCAUCUUAAUUAAUUAAUUAUAUAUAUUGAUUGUCUUGUGUUGAUGAUCGAUCAGAUGACGAAGGCCACCAUUAUCACCGACGCGAUCACCUACAUUGAAGAGCUUAAAACCUCUGUGGAAGAACUCAGCGACCAGUUACUGCGGCUCGAUGCAGCUCGUGAAGACGAAGACGACAGCAAGUCUGAAGAGAUCAUCGUUGAGGCGCAAGAGAAGAUCAACUAUGAACUCACUCCAGAUGUUCAAGUCCUCCAUGUAGGAGGGACGAAGCUAUGGAUAAAGAUUUUGUUCAACAAGAAGAGAGGAGCCAUUACUAAGCUGAUCGAGGCCAUGAGCAGCCUCGGACUUGAUCUUACAAACACCAACGUUACUACAUCCAAAGGUGUCGUUCUCGUCACUUCAUUUGCAGAGGGGAUUCUCGGAGGAGUGGCCGAUUCCGACAAGAUCAAAAACUUCCUGCUCGAGAUUAUUCACAACAUGUAGGAC